AUGUUCGAUUCUUCUGGCACUACUUCUGAUCACCAUUCUGAUACUGAUACUGACACUGAUGGUGACAAUGAUGAAGAGUCACUGAAAAGAUAUGUACAAGAUGACGAAUACAAACACGGUUCAUUGGAACAUCCGAUUGAUCUAACUCAAAUAGAAGAUGAAGAUCUAACACAGGAUAUAUCACCUCCUUAUCACGAUGGAAGAGAAGGACGCACACAAAGGCAGAAUCAAGUAAAACGUAAAAGGAGGAUCUUUGUUCCAUCUCCUUCGCCCCCAAUUCACUUAUCUUACUUACCUUAUCACAAUGACUCAUCUCAGCAAAUUCAAGUUCAGAAUGAAAGUCAAGGCGAAGAAACUUCCUCUUACUUUGGAAACCAUUUCGAAGGAGCAGAAUCCGAUACACAAAGUGUAGAAGAAGACAAUCUACCUAUCAUUGAAGAAGAUGAUGAUGACCAUCAUGAUAACUUACAAGAAGACCUACUUAUCCCUGACCGACGACAUUCUCUCCUGUCAUUUACUUCCCAUUCACUUACUCAUGAUCAUUUACGUACCCAAAGUCAGAGAAAAGGUAAAGACGAAGACGAAGCUUUGUUCAUGGAGUUAGUGCGAAGGACAGAAAGCAAGAGAAGAUAUGAAAUAGUCGCUCAAGAGUCUAACCAAAGUCAGAUUCAGGUCAAAACUCAAGAGUCUGAAUCAGUGAGGAGGUCGAGGGGACCAGCUGAGACUGAUACCGUGCUCGUGGAGAGCCAGGAUGAUGGAUCUAGAACGAAAACGCUGGAAUUUCUCGGAUCAAUCGUUACUGAUUUCCUUACUCAACUCCACUCUUCUCAGCUCAUCCUCGACUCGAGAGAAGAAGAACGUUACAACAAGAGAAAUCCUCAAAAGAAGAGACGGAUCUCAGAUGACAGUCAAGAAGUCCUAGUGGAAGAAGAAGAGGAAGAAUCGGAGGAAAGUCAAAAUCUUUCCCAAACAGAAGUAGGGGUUAAACUCCAUUUGAAGAAUAGGAAAACAGGAAAUGAUCAGAUCAUAUCGUUUCCUGAUGAUCCUCUUUCUCGAAUGGCUGGUCAAACUUCAAUCGACAAGAUCACAUGCAUUAUACGUGUCGUUGCUGUAUUGUACGAGGCCGUUUGUAGUAGAACGGUAGUCACUCUAAGAGACAUCUUCUAUCGGGACAAGGCUUUGUUCAAACGACAAGAUGUCGUCGAUAAACUUGUUGACGACCUGGUUGCUACUGCUGGACUUAAGCGAAGGGACUUCUACGUUUGUGCUUCUGCAAAAGGUCUCAUUGCAGCUACUUCUCUUCACAUCCACCGUCGAACAGGAGAGGAAGUAAGACUUUCAAGUACAAUCGCAAGUCUCAUUGACCCAGUUGAGCGAAUUGAUCAUUUGUAUUCGCCCAACGGAGUCAAUUGGGUUUUAGUUGUAGAAAAGGAUGCGGUGUUCCAGACGCUUUGCAGUGCUAAAUUGCUGGAAGAUACAAGGCUCGGUCCUGGAGUGAUGAUCACUGGAAAAGGUUUUCCAGAUUUAGCUACGAGGCAGCUCGUACAUCUAAUCGCCGAAUCGUAUCCCUUUGCAAAGAUGUAUGCAUUGGUGGACGCUGAUCCACAUGGGAUAUCGAUACUUUCGACCUAUGCUUUCGGCUCUAAAAACACACUACAUUCUCAUGAUCACAUUGGACUAAGUCUGGGUGAUAGGAUACAAUGGUUAGGUGUCAAAGCUAGUGAUUUCAAAAAGCUGGGAAUCAAGUAUGAUGAUUUAUUACCUUUGGAAAAAUCUGAUAUUCAAUUAGCGAUGAGGAUGUUAAAAGGAGAUACCUUACCUGAGGAAUGGAAACGAGAAUUAUCUCAGAUAAUUCAUUUAAAUCGAAAAGCCGAGAUUGAAAUUAUACUGGAAUCAAACUCUGAUUACAACUCUGAAGAUUUAUUGAAAGAUGAUAAUGAUUACUUCUACGAAGGUGUAUCAGGUCAUAGUCAUACUGACAUGAAGAGGAAGAGUAAAUUAGUCGAAUAUAUUGUAGAGAGGAUUAUCAACGGUUAA